GUGAGAUCGAUCCUCUCUUUGCCACCCAACACUAUGUCUAAGACUUCUGCUUCAGGACCAAAAACUGAACGUCGAUCACGAUCAGGGGCGCCAUCAAAAAAAAUCAAGUCAGAUGUGAUCAUCAGCGAUGAGGACGCAGAUAUGGAGCAGGCGAUCAGCAGGAUUGUCAAGAAUCGUGCCGAAUGGGCCCAUCAUCGAUAUAGGCCUACGACUCUCCCUGUUGAGCUGCGCGAUCUCCAAAAAGCGGAGGUGAAAGCCAAAGCCGCUGAUGCCGCAGAAGGGCACAUCAUAGGGAUAUUUCAGUACCAACUGCGUACAAACCCCUACAACUUCACAUUUGGCUCGUUCAAUACACGGCCUCUCAACAAGAAAGCCACGGAGUCGAUCGCGCAAGAUCUGAUCCAAAAAGGCAUCAAAGCUACCACUGCGGAGUUCAUGAUCCCGGUGUUAAUCAAGAGGUCAUUUGUCCAGAUCCCCACCAAAGGCCUGGUCACGAAAUUUACUCAUCGAUCAGUGCCUGAGUACCCGAGCCUUAGCCUCACAGACGAAGGCACGAAAGUGGCUGCGGCGGGUAUGAUUUCAAUUCUGAAUGGCCGACACCGUUGGGAAGCCAUGAAGCUGGCUUUCCAAAUUUGCAAUGACGAGAUCCCGAGGCUUGAGGCCGAGUUGGCCACCCUCAAAAAACAACUGGAAAGUGACCGAGACAAUGGGCGAUUGAAGCAGUUGAGGAACGAAUGUCGAGAUGAUUUGGAGCGACGGAAAACAUACUUAGAUGUGCAUGAUGACAAAUGGGUCGUCAUCGUCUAUGACCAAGAAACCAUUGAGAAGGACGCGGCGGAGGGGUCACUUGUCGUCCAUUCUUUGUCCCGCAAUAUGGACACAACGACAGUGGAGGAAUCCGUUAGCGACCGUCUUCAAUAUUGGGCACAGUCAAUUGUCGACCUACAGUACACCGAUGAGGAAACGAGUCCGAGUUACUGUCAGCACUGGAGUGCUGCGAAACGAGAGCCGGAGAAAGGCUCACGGCUGCCUCAGCCACCCAGCACGAUGUGGAUGGAGAAAGACCCAAAAUACGUCCACCUGAUGCAAGACCAAGAAAUUCAGGACAUGUGUCGAGUGAUGGUGUGUGGCGGAGAGCACUUCCGGCAAAAGAAGGCAUCGUUCUCUGUUUCUGCACUGUCGAGGGUGAGCAAGACAUAUGGAGGGUGGAUAUCGAAGUUAAUGGUCGCAGACAUGGAGAGGCUGCGACUCAUCUUCUCCCCAAGUCGUGCUGACAGCAACAAGGAAGCGAUUGCAUAUGAGGCAAUCAAUACACGUCGGGAGCAGAUGAUGAAGCUGAUGGAAACAAACGAGGUCCCAUAUUCCAGGGAAGUGAGGCAAGUAAUCGCGAGCUACAAGGAACAACAAAGAGGGUCAGUGGCAUUCUUCAUGGCAGUGACGAUUUACGAAAUGCCACUUGGCAACUGGACACUGAUCGACGAUGAGUUCCUGACACGCGCAGCGAAGAUUCAUCAGCGAUGGUUCGAUAAGGCAGAGACCUUCAUGACAGUCACUGAGGAGUACGAGACGGCCUACAUCGGGUAUUAUAAAGACCUGAUGGUCCUGUUCGAGAAGCUCGUUGUUCCACAGGUGCGUUCUGGAGCAGUCCAGGGGCUCGACGAGGGGCAUUGCGAGCUGGUGAUGAACCGUGCCCGGCUACUCUAUGGGGGACUGGAUGACUACUAUGUCCCAGUGACGACAAACGUGAUGGCGGAGUGGUAUGAUGAAGCAUUGCAGCCUCACACCAAAGCACUUCAUGAGAUCCAUUCCUGGCUCGAUGGGGUUUCUCCAUACAUUGUCAGCCCCAAGAAGCAUCCUUUCCAUGAUGGCGCUGUGGGCGUUAUGCAUGCCCUCAACAUCGACCCGCUCCUCCGUAUUUCCAAGAAGACCCUUCGUGAUCUGGCUUGGACAAUCUACACGCGCUUCCGUCCCCACUUCAACUCCGCCGCAUCUGAGCUACUAUAUGCUCUUUCAUUCCAGCCCUCCAUUGACAAGGAUGUUGCCUUGUUCAUUGACGCAUCACAAAAGCGUUUCCUUCACAUCAUGGAUGAUGGCUCUGAGAAGCUUGUCGCAAAGUCAAAGCCAUCAAAGAAAGCUCCCUCCGACGAUGACAUCGACAAUGAUGAUCAACACCUUGCUGUUGGUCCUUCCAACCCUUCCACCUCAAAGGCCCGCUCCCGCACACGUAGUCGUCAACAUGCAGAUAAUUCAGAGUCUGCUAAGAAACGUACUCCAAUCGACGAACAAUCCCUUAGCCUCAAUGAGCCCAUCCCAGGCUUCUUGGGCCAAGCCCCCUUCAAUUUGACAUGGAAAGAUGAAAAGGAGCUUAGCGACAAGCUCAUCAAGUAUGUCAACGUUGCUGGUGCUUACAACAAAGGUGGGGAUCCCAACGAAGCCCUUCGUCUUCGCCUCCAGAAGGGCUCCACCAUCCCCUCCUUCAUCCUUGUUACUGGCUGGGCAUAUGAGCCCACCAUUUCCAACAAAAAUGUAGGCCGAAAUUCCCGCAGCCUUCGUGUAGCUGCAUAUCUCGCCAGCACCAUCUCUGCUUCCUAUCGUCCAGAACUCCUUAAGGAGACUGCUUGGUCCUUCUUCAGGAGGGACCUCCGCAACCUCCUUGGUGAUGCAUUGCGUUACACCAAGCAUCCUUUCGUCUUCAUUGAUGGUCUUGAAGAGAUCCUACCAGCCACCUUUACCACCAUCGAUUCAUAUGUGGCUGCCGCUCCCAAUGUCAGCCGCACUUUCCUACUCACUGGCCACCGUGACCGUUCUGCCAUCACGACCAUCUUCAAACAGAUAGUCGCACUUCCCUUUCUUCAUUCUGAUCGAAGUGAUCCCAAUUCCCCCAUCAAUAAUGGAGUUUUGACCACCCUAGAGCAUCUCAAUGGACAACUCCACCUCUCAUCCUUAGCCUCCAGACUCCAUGUUGCUGGCUAUCAAGGCACUCUCUACAAAUCAGAUGUUGUUCCACUUGAUGAAGGUCAAGUCCUUGGUGGCCUUGACGGAUGGUCAGGCCACCCCAAACACCUCAAGGUCUUGUCCACUCAUCGCGAUUUCAAGAAGGACCCAGUGAAAUUCCCUGACUGGAUCUUGAAGGAGGACUCAGUGGAUGAUGCUGUCAAGAAUGAAAUUACCAAGCGACUCAAGCAGCAGGCACAAGGUGCCCAAGUGCCUCCUUUUUCCAUGAAGGGUAAGCGACGAGCAGAGCCCUCCAGUGUCUCUCCAAAAACCACUCGCUCCUCUAAGAAGAGCCGCCUAGACAAGGAAAAUCAAGAGGAUAAUGAAGAUGAUCUCAUGUUCGAGAAUCCACACACUGUUGAUGACGAUCCUGAGGAUGCGAGCCACAUCGAAGAGUCUACCCCCCACUCUGAAGACUCACAUGAGCUGGUACCUGAGACACCCAUUCAUCGAUUGCAACGUCAUCGUCAUCGUGAUGAAUCGGAUUCGCCUCCAUAUGUUCCCCCAACACAGAUUAGCCGUGGGCAUGUUGGGAAGCGCCUUGAGGAUGAUGAGGAUGAAGGGGAGGGGAGGGAUGAUGAGGAUGAAGAGGAGGUGAAUGAUGACAAGGAUGAUGAGGGUAGGGAUGAAUCAGGGAUCGAUAAGAAUGAGGAGAGUGAUGAACAGCAGGUGGAUGAACCAUCGUCGGAAAAGGAGGUAGAGAGCAGUCCUCCUAUUUCUCCACCCCAGCCCUCCAGGCCUCCAACACGCCAAACCAGGAUGAUGGUCAAGCUGAAAGAGGCUGGUGGCUCCAAGCCUUCUGUGGGUGUCUCCUCCAAUGCCACCCUUGGUGCCAAAGCACAGCCAUCGAAGGGAAAGAUGGCUACCAAGGUCUUUGAUCCUGCAUCUGCGAUGUAAUGGCUCUUUCUAUUAGUAAUUACUCUGCACACAGAGUCACUAACCACUCCUAAUAUUACGCAAUUGGUGAUGCUGAAAAUUUGUCAUCAUCUUCCCUUUUGGGUUGUUUCCUUUUCUUUACAUGCUUACUUUUACAUCAUCUCGCCUGUCCCUUCUCUCCCUUUACUUUCCUUCCACCAUUUCCACUCCCACUCAGCUCUUGUCCUUAAAGUCUUGGCUUAAUUAUAUGGCUUUUUUUCCUCUUGCAUGCAACAAUGUCAUCCAUGCAUUAAAAGGUGUCAACAUGCUUGGUGAUGUUCCUAUGUCUGACCACAGGUAUUCCAUGACAUUGUCUGUCCUUGUGCAUGGUAGUCCGUGAAGGGAUAUGCUGGUUCCACUGUGAUUUGUUGCCAUACCACCUUCUUUUUGGCUUUGCCUUUAUAUAAUUCCAGACUCUGAAUGACUGGAAAAAUUGGAUUGUGUUUGUCAGAUGUCUGCAUU